AGGAAGUGGCGCUUGACAUUCGGCAUGCGCAUAUUACCGAGGAAGAAAAGCUGCGGAGUUCAACAACCGACGGCUUAAAACUGUAAACAUUAAGAGCUUGGCUGACUAAUGUCUGUGGUUGGGAUGGAACUCUAAGGUUAACUUGAAAGUAUAGGACCAAACAUUGUUCUUCAGUGCAUGGAUGCAAAGCCAAUGCGCAGGGCCACCAGCGCACGUCAGGACGCCACUGGAAUGGACAUCACCAGCCGCUGUACUCUGGGGGACCCCAACAAGCUCCCUGAAGGGGUCCCCCAGCCUGCACGCAUGCCCUACGUCUCAGACAAACACCCGAGGCAGACCCUGGAGGUGAUCAACCUGCUGAGAAAACACCGGGAGCUCUGUGACGUGGUGCUGGUGGUGGGUGCCAAGAAGAUCUACGCGCACCGUGUGAUCCUCUCUGCCUGCAGCCCCUAUUUCAGGGCCAUGUUUACUGGAGAGCUGGCAGAGAGCAGGCAGACGGAAGUGGUUAUUCGUGACAUUGAUGAGAGAGCCAUGGAGCUGCUGAUUGACUUUGCUUAUACAUCACAGGUGACUGUAGAGGAGGGGAAUGUCCAGACGCUGCUCCCUGCAGCCUGCCUCCUCCAGCUUGCUGAGAUCCAGGAGGCGUGCUGCGAGUUCCUUAAGAGGCAGCUGGAUCCAUCUAACUGCCUGGGCAUCAGGGCCUUUGCUGACACACACUCUUGCCGCGAGCUGCUCCGCAUUGCAGAUAAGUUCACCCAGCACAAUUUUCAGGAGGUAAGAACCCACAUACAACUGUUCACGGUCGUUUAUAAUCGCUGUAUAGUGCUACGUGUUACAAUGAUUCUACAUGUUGCUUUAGAUUGAAUGUGCAAAAUUUACAUUUAGUAUACAUACGUUAGUAUACAUUUAGGAUAUAAAGAUUUCUUUCUGUCGUGCCAAAUGCGUCUGUUAUAAAAAUGGUUUACAUUUGUAAAUGAUCUAAAAGUGCCAUAUCAUGGUGUUGUUGGUGUAGUAAGGCCAUACAUUUACGUUCUGUGGUGCGCACAACAAGAAGACAAAUGCAGGUAAAGACGACAGUUGGAGCUACUUCAAAGCUUCAGACUUUAAACCAACAAAUCACAAUACAUAAAAUAGAAAUCUGUUCCUGCUAAAGGUGAAAGCAUCACUUUCUCCACUUCAGGCAAAAACACACUGUCAAGUACAAACAGGCUGUGAAGGUGCAGAUACUAACAGCUGGUAAUGUGCAACCCAGAUGUAACUGCAUCAAAAACUAUUUUUUCAGAUAUCAGUGACUUAGUUAACUGGUUUAAUAAUAUAUGCUCUUCAAUUCAGCAUCAUGUCGCACUGUUAAAAGUCAGAUUCACCAAAGAAGAGAAUGAAGAAAGGCUGAACAGAGAUGGAAAAAGACUGCUCUCCAUAUUCCAAGUCUCUCUCAAAUAAUCUCUUCAACAGAUAUUUUGAAUAUAGUCUCACACUUGUGCACUUCACCCUGCCUGUCAGUCGGUCCCUUUCAUCUGGCUGGAUUCCAGCCAGCGUCGUCCCUCUACUAAAAAACAAACCUCCUUAGAGCCCACUGAUUUAAAUACUUAUAGGCCAAUUUCCAGUCUGUUUCUUUUCAAAAUCCUUAGGAAAGUUGUUGGUCGUCAACUCAUUCGGAUUUUAGAGUAAAUAAUAUUUUCUAUAAAUUCCAAUCAGGUUACAGACACAGCACUGAAACAGCGUUAUUGAAAAUUAUUAAUGAUGUCCUUAUGCACUCGGAUAAAGGUGAGCAAUCCAUUUAUGUCCUGCUUGACUUAUCUGCAGCCUUUGAUACUGUUGAUAAUGCUACUUAUUAGCAUACUAUGAAGCUGGGUUGGGAUCACCGGUACUGCUCUUAAAUAGUGUUUUUUUUUUUUUUUUUUUUUUUUUUUUUUUCAUACUUAGCAAACAGAUAUUUUAGAAUUCAUAUUAAUCAAUGUAUGCUCUAAUCUGCACCGCUCGUUUGUGGAGUGCCUAGGCUUCAAGCCUUGCACCAAUUCUGUUUAUUUAUUUAUUUUUAUAUGUUACCCCUGGGUCACCUAGUUAAUGGUUUUAAUGGGAUCUCUUACCACUGCUUUGCAGGAUGAAACACAGUUAUAUUUUUCUGUCAAGCCCAACAACCUCAACAGCCUCUCCUGCCUCAAGGAACAUUUCUCUGCCGUUACUAAUUGGAUGUAUUCUAAUUUCCUCUCUCAGUUUUGGUAAAACUGAGGUUCUAGUUUUUCUUGUAAGCGAAUGCUGAAAACUCAUUUUUAUAGUUUGGCAUUUCCGUAAUUCCUUCCCCUUCAUUUGUUUGAAACCACACAUGCAUGUAUGAUGGAGUGAAUGUCAAGAAAAGAAGAUUACAGGGAGUGCAGAAUUAUUAGGCAAAUGAGUAUUUUGUCCACAUCAUCCUCUUCAUGCAUGUUGUCUUACUCCAAGCUGUAUA